CAACAUAACUAUCAGGCCCCGGGUGCUACGCAACACACUGCCCACGCUGCUGUAGCUUCUACGGGAGUGGAUGCAGGUGUAAUGACAGCGGUAAGCUGGGUGAACGUAGCGUCUCAGGCCUCUCCGAGGCCGUGGUCAGACAACAGGACCACCCCAUUCCAACGGACAGGGAAGACCCCUGAUCAGAGAAACUACUCGCAGCAGGACUUCCAUGCAGGGUACUCAGGGGGGCGUGUCUGUUCUAACCCCACCCCCGCAGACAGCAACUGUGGUCUGCGGCAGAGACGGCUCCAGCCCGGACUGGGCCCUGGGACGGUGCUUGCUCCUGAGCCCCUCUACUUUGAGGAUGAGGAUGAGUUUCCAGAGCUGGUCUCAGGAGGGGCACAGAGGAACAUCAAACCAGACCCUAACCCUUCCCAGAACCAACACCAGUCCAAACUAACCAAGAACCUGCUGGAUAACCUUCCAGAGAACUCUCCCAUCAACAUCGUCCAGACCCCCAUCCCCAUCACCACCUCCGUCCCCAAGAGGGCCAAGAGUCAGAGGAAGAAGGCCCUGGCCGCUGCCCUGGCUACAGCACAGGAGUACUCUGAGAUCAGCAUGGAGCAGAGGAAACUACAGGAGGCACUGACCAAAGCAGCAGGGAAGAAGAGUAAGACUCCAGUCCAGUUGGACCUGGGAGACAUGCUGGCUGCUCUGGAGAAACAGCAGCAGGCCAUGAAGGCUCGACAAAUAACCAAUACUAAACCACUGUCCUUCACAGUGGGUACAGCAGCCCCGUUCCAUGGUGCCGGGCCGGGAGCAGGGUCAGGUAUAGUAUCAAUGUUGAAGGCCCAGCAGGCCCACUCUGCCCCCCUCAACAUGCUGGACUCCAGCGCUCCACGCCUGAAGAGAGGGAAGGAGAGAGAGAUCCCUAAAGUCAAACGACCCACCGCCCUGAAGAAGAUCAUUCUGAAGGAGCGUGAGGGGAAGAGGGGGAAGGGGUGUGUGGAUCAGAUUGCUACCAGCCAGGAAGAACAGGGAGAAGAUGAGCUACACUUCACUGACGACCUCACACGGGAACCUGCCUCUCAGGAGGAGAACGGUCUGAGCGUGCCCAGUGAUGACGCGUCCCUGUCCCCGGCCAGUCAGAACUCUCCGUACAGCAUCACGCCUGUUUCCCAGGGAUCCCCUGGCUCCUCCGGCAUCGGCAGCCCCAUGGCCUCUAACGCCAUCACCAAGAUACACAGCCGCCGCUUCAGAGAGUACUGUAAUCAGGUGUUGAAUAAGGAGAUAGAUGAGAGUGUGACGAUGCUGCUGCAGGAACUGGUCCGGUUCCAGGAGAGGGUUUAUCAGAAGGACCCCAGCAAAGCCAAGACCAAACGCAGACUGGUCAUGGGCCUUAGAGAGGUCACCAAACACAUGAAGCUCCACAAGAUCAAGUGUGUCCUCAUCUCACCCAACUGUGAGAAGAUCCAGGCCAAAGGGGGUCUAGAUGAGGCUCUGUACAACGUCAUAGCCAUGGCCAGAGAACAGGAGAUCCCGUUUGUGUUUGCUCUGGGUAGGAAGGCUCUCGGACGCUGUGUCAACAAACUGGUGCCGGUCAGUGUGGUGGGCGUCUUCAACUUCUCUGGAGCAGAGGGUCUGUUUAACCGGUUAGUGUCUCUGACGGAGGAUGCUCGUAAGUCCUACAAGGACAUGGUGUCAGCGCUGGAGCAGGAGCAGGCUGAGGAGGCGCUGAAGAACGUCAAGAAGGUCACCCACCACAUGGGCCACUCCAGGAACCCCUCCGCUGCCUCUGCCAUCUCCUUCUGCUCUGUCAUCUCUGAACCCAUCUCUGAGGUCAACGAGAAGGAGUACGAGACCAACUGGAGGAGCAUGGUGGAGUCGUCAGAUGGGCUGGAGCCUGUGGAGGCUAAACCCAGCCAUCCUGCUGCUUCCUCUGGGUUGCAGAGAGACAACCAGCCCCCCUCCACCACCACCAACCGCAGCCCUUACUCCACUACCCUCCAGCUCAGAGCAGCCGUCCCUGCUCCAGGCUCAGGCCCGGGGGAGAGAGAGGAGGGCCGGGCAGACGACCGCUUGGAGCUGGCCUCCCAGCAGAGCACGGAGACAGGCAGUUUGGAUGGGAGCUGCAGGGACCUCCUCAACUCCUCCAUCACCUCCACCACCUCCACCCUAGUCCCCGGUAUGCUGGAGGAGGCAGAGGAAGAGGAGGAGGAGGAGGAAGAGUACACACCAGAGCCCAUCUCUGUGGAGGUGCCUGCGGUCAUCAGCCGUAUUGAGUGCUGGGUGUCUAAGACACUUGAGAACCUUCAGCUGGGGAAGAGCCAGGACAGCACAGAGGAGGAUGAGGAAGAGGAGGAGGAGGAGGAGGGGGGAGUGCAGAGUGAGGAGGAAGAGGAGUUGGAUUCUGCUGAUGUCACAGAGACUGGGCUGGAGAGGACGGAGAAGAUGGUGGCCAAUAAUAUCACUGGCUGAUUAGACCUCAUUCAUCCCUCUCUCUGUCUUUCUUUUUUUUGUUUCUCGCUAAGUUCGCUCUGUGUACACUCCAUCACUUGUCUUCCUCGCUCCCCCCCUCUCACCUGUUCCCCUAACCUGUACUCUUUCACCUCUAUCACACACUCUCACCCCCCCCCCCCUCUCACCUGUUCCCCUAACCUGUACUCUUUCACCUCUAUCACACACACUCACCCCCCUCCCUCUCACCUGUUCCCCUAACCUGUACUCUUUCACCUCUAUCACACACUCUCACCCCCCCCCCUCUCACCUGUUCCCCUAACCUGUACUCUUUCACCUCUAUCACACACUCUCACCCCCCCCCUCUCACCUGUUCCCCUAACCUGCACUCUUUCACCUCUAUCACACACUCUCACCCCCC